CCGUCUGAUUUUUAGCUCAUACGAAGAACUAGAUAUUCUUAGAAUUUCAUGUUUUGUAUUUCGUGUUAAUUAUUUGCAAGAAAUUAAAACAUUCAUGUUAAUUUGUUUAAGGUGUGAAAAAUGUACGUUAGGUGAGAAAGUAGGUAUUUCGAGCAAGUUUUUAGAUGGAUAAUAGCAUAUACGAUUAAUUAGACGUGAAAGACAUUUAUCAGAUAUGAUACUAAUUAAAUAUACGGCUUUUAUGUUACUGUUAGUAUACUGCGGGAUAAACGCCGUCAAAUUAAAAUUACGUGACGGGGAUCAUCGCCGGCAUAAGCGUUACAAUGUUUACGAGCCAGACGACAUGCAAGCUACGUUAGCUAAUAAAAUUAUCGCUCAAGAAGAAGCGAAAGAAAAGCAACAUGUGUUUGAGGCUUUAAGUAUGGACUCUAUUUACACUGGCGAUGAUAAAGGUAAAUCAGUUGAAGAUAUUAGUAGCAGUAAAGAGGAUUUAAGAAAAUAUACCGACAAUUCCAAUGACAUUAAAAAAGAGUCACCGAAAUUCCAAAAUCCUGUUACACGAGAUCACCUAAAAGGCGCGAAAAUUUCAAAGAAAGACGAAAGUGAAAAAGAAUUAGAAUCAAUUGGUUUUGAAGAAGAUUCAUCAGAAGCGAAAACAAGAGGACACAUAAACAAGAUAAAAAAAGAAACAAAAAAAUUAGGAAAGGGUAAAAAAAGGAAUCAAGAAUAUCCAGAGUUUAAUGUACACCAUGUUGGGAUGGGUCCUUUUGAAGACAACGAAAGUCAUUUUCAUUCAGAAGCUGAUUCAAGGGAAAACUCAAUGGACGGCGAGGGUAAAGGUGAAGAAGGCAUGGAAGAAGAACUUAGAGAUCAGGAUGAUGACAACGAAUCAGAAGAACAUCAUCAUCAUUCUCAUCAUCAUAAUCAAGAUGGCCGACCACAACCGCAUCAUCCUGUUGGAUUGAGACCAAAUAUAAACGAAGAAGGGAAAAGAAGAACCAUGCAUGGCCAAAUCGACAGCCCGUAUGUUGUACCUGCUGGCAAUGUUCAACGUGGCGUUCAGCCGGAUCAAGGAUAUCAUAUGGAUGACGUUCGACAUAUAGACCGUGUACAACACGAAGUGGGCUUUCCACACAAACUGAUCGGUGAUCAUGACGACUCUGACGACGAAUACAUACUACAUAAUCGUCACCGGGUUGGUGGCGUAGCUAUUCGUGACGAGGAAUAUGAGCACGACGAUGAUGGUGAUGAUGAUGACGAGGAGGGCGAUGAUAGAGAUGAAGACGAUGACGGUGAUGAUGAUGACAACGUAGAAAAUACUGACGAGGAUGUGCAGUAUCAGACAGGACACACUUCUAAUGACGGCGACACUGGUAAUUUUGAGAAAGUCAGGGUGGAAGAUGGUGCCGUUGUAAAGCAAUCCAUUCCCAAGAAACGUGAACAACUAGUCUCAGAAGACGCCGACGAGAAGAGUAAAGAUGGCACGGCAGCGAAAUUAAAAGAAAAGCCUGUUAUAGUGGCGGACGAUGAAGAUGAUGAUGACAAUGAAAAUAAAUCAGACACAAUCAGUGAAGAAACGUCACAAAAUGACGACGAUAAAACGACAAAGAUCGUGGACGGCGAAACAACAAAACUUCUUGCAAUAGAUACUUCAAAAGACGGCGAUGACACAACGCCAGAAACAGAAGCCAAAGUUGAUACAGAAGAGAAAACUAAUCCGCAAUCGAAAGCUAGUGCUGAAAAAGAAACGCCGGAACAAACUAUAGAAAAUGAUGCCGUUAAAGAAUCAUCAGACGAAGAGAACGUAAUUUUGAAGGAAGAACAAGUGCAAGGACCAUCUGUUGUAACAGCUCGCAAGAAAACUAUUUCUGCUUUGGAUAAUUAUGAACAUGAAGCGAAAUUUAAUGUUCCACCGGAAGCUAUCUAUGAAGCGCAGAACCAUGGUCUUGAAGCAGUAGAUAACGGUGAUCAUAUUGAGCCUGGUAUGGAUUCCUAUCACAUUCAUCACCAACCAAAUCACAUGCUACAACCUCUGCAUGAUUAUACUGGGGAAGAAUCGCACUUUUAUAAUCGUUACACCAAUCCGUGUGAAAAUGGAGGUUUUUUCGUUCCAGUUACUAGAAACAAACAUGUAUGCAUUUGUCCUGAAAAAUUUAUGGGCAAGAAUUGUGAAGAUGUAAAUUAUUGUUACAAUCGCCCAUGCAAGCACUGUGGUAAAUGCAUGAUGACGCAUCACUGGCCACACUAUAAAUGUGAAUGUUGCCUAAAGUAUUCAGGAAAACAUUGCGAAAUUCGGAAUCCAUGUGAACCAAAUCCAUGCAUAAACGAUGGAGAGUGCACACAUGAUGGUCAUACUCCUUCGUGUAUAUGUAAAGAGAAGUUUAAAGGGGAGUUUUGUGAAGAUGUAAAUAAAUGCCUACCAAAUCCAUGUCUUAACAAUGCUGUAUGUAUCGAAAGACCUGGGGUUGGAACCUUUCAGUGUUUAUGUAAACCAGGAUGGCUUGGAACUUUAUGUGAAGUUCCAAGUCAAUGCGCUGGAGAUCCAUGCAGAAAUGGUGGUACUUGCCAAGAAGCAGGAAGAAAGUUCAACUGUAUCUGUCCUGAUGGUUACAUAGGCGACACUUGCCAAAGGAAACUAUGCUAUCCAAACCCAUGUGGUAAUGGUGGAACUUGUGUUGAAGACGGGCGUAACUAUCAUUGCAUGUGUCCUGGGUGGUCAAAAGGCGAUAGGUGCACAGAUAUCAGCCCGUGUUUAAUGAAUCCUUGUGAAAACGGAGGAAGAUGCAUUGAUGCAUAUUCUGGUUUCAGAUGGACGUUAGGAACGAUGCAGUACUAUUGCAUGUGUCAACCUCCAUUUCAUGGCCCACAUUGUGAAACCAAUCCAUGCUUGUAUUGUGAUGCGCAUGCGCAUUGUGAUGUCGUCCGCUGCGUGUGUGAUGAUGGAUAUGCGGGAGAUGGAAUCACGUGUCAUAAAAUCCCUCUUCCAUGUCAUCCGAAUCCUUGUCAAAACAACGGAAUAUGUGUUGAUGAAGGACACGGCUUCUAUCAUUGUCAAUGCAAACCACCUUAUCUACCGCCUAAUUGCGAAUUACCUUCGUAUUGUCAUCCGAAUCCAUGUCACGGAGGGACGUGCAUCCCAUUAAAAAAUGGAUUUAAGUGUAUUGAAUGUCCUGACGGAUUCAAUGGAAAAACCUGCGGAGUUACUGAUCUAUGCAGUCCGAAUCCUUGCCAACAUGGUGGCAAAUGCAACCAUACUUCUGAAAGUACAUUUGGAUGCACAUGCGAUCCUGAAAAAGAUUGGAUUGGUGACUUAUGCGAAAAAUGUGGUUGCAGACACAGUAUUAAUCCGUUAAUUCCCAGUGCCUUCUGUCAUCAUAAAACCGGCAAAUGCGCAUGUCCAGAAAGAUAUUAUAUUAAUGAGAGGAACGGACUUUGUGAGAAAAAAAACACAAGUACUACAAGAGCAUGUACUCCUAACCCUUGCCUAUGCGGUGGCACCUGUCGUGGAAAUGAAGAAAACCCAAUGGAUGUGACAUCAUUUACUUGUGACUGUCCAAAACAGUGUUAUGGUGACAAAUGUCAAAAUAGACAUUUUUGUUUUCAAUUUAACCCUUGUGCAAAUGGUGGUACUUGCAUAGAUCUUGAUGGAAUGAACUACAGGUGUAACUGUCAAUCUGGAUACUCAGGUCAAAACUGUACAAUUCUUCCCACGGUGACACCACCAGUGAAUCCAUGCGCAGAAAAUCCUUGUCAUAACAGCGGAGUGUGCCUGCGUGUGGGAUCAAGCUACGACUGCAAAUGUUUGACACGAUAUACAGGACCGACAUGCAACAUUGACAGGUGUAAAGAUUGUGACGAGCACGCGAAAUGUUUUGCUGGUGAAUGUGUCUGUCAUCGUGGUUACGUAGGGAAUGGUUACUCAUGUGUGAAAGAGUGUGGAGGAAAAUGUUUGGAUAUUGAAAUUUGCACCAGUGGUGUGUGUGAUUGCAUGGGAGGAUAUCACCGAGUGCAAAAAGUUUGCACACGUAUUCGUGAUCCGGCAGAUUACUACACACAUCCAACGCAACAGCCAACGAAGAAGCGCCACAGCAAAAAACCAUCGCACGACUUCCUUACACCUAUCGCACCGACAUUACCCGCAACGCACGCGUUUGUCACGCAUUUCACCAAACCAACUGUGAAAACAUCUGUUACAGAGUCCAAAAGUACUAGAGUGAGACCAACGGAAGAAUCCCUUGUCUCACCUGUCCAACCAGGAUCUGAUGGUGGCCCAACUGUCCCUGUUGUUGUAAGUCCAAAAGCUCCUAAAGCACCUACAAUUCCAGUUUCGGGCAAUGCUGGUGUUGGGUCACCUGGAGUGCGUCAUUAUGCACCUACAGUUAAUCACCUUCUACCAAAUCAAAAAUCGAAAUUACCUGCAGUUAAAAAGAAAGAUAUUAAAGCAUCUAACACUGUCGAUUAUAAAUUAAUGGUAGUUUCAGAGAAUGAUGAUGAUAUUGGGAACGAUAAAAAACCACUGGUUGUUAAUAAGAAAGAAUCUAUUACGAAAGUAGUUCACAGGGAAAACUUCGAACCAGUAAAAAAUAAAGUAGAGCAAGCACAGAAAAAGCAGGGAAUCCAUCCAACCGCAGCCAUUGAUGUAUUUGCAGGUAGGCACACACAAAAUCUCACAACAUCAAAAGAAACAAAGGGAACGUUGCGAAGACUAAAUACACCCAUUACUUCCCCUCAAGAGAAAAAUAGUACGGAGACGAAACAAGAGAGUGCAAAUAGCACAGUUUAUAAAACAACACAGAAUGAAAAUAACACAUCAAGAAAUGUAACACAAAAUGAAAAUGCUAGCUUAUUAAAUGGUCAUAAUAACUCAACAGCAUUCAAUAACUUUUCCCUUUCCAUAACUAAGGAGAGCAUGCAGAAUAUGUCGCUCACAAACUCAAGUGGGACGACAUCUCUGUUAAAAAACUCGACAGGGAUACACAAAGAAACAAACACAACCCCACAAAGAAAAGAGAGAAUUCAAUAUUUGUUCAGAAAUCCGAAUAAAACAUUUCACUCAAAUCAUUCAAUUGUUAACAACACGGUCGGACAAAAUAACUCGACCAACUUUACAAACAUUUUAAAAAAACGUUCAAAAACUGAAACUAGCAUUGUAGCUCAUUCAAAUAAAUUAAAAGACGACACGUCAUUCAGCAACGAUGACGAUGACGACGAAGAUAAAAGGAGUCGUAUUAUAGACGUUCUGAAAGGAUAUGGAGAAGAACUUGGAGAUGAAAUAUACGAGCUUACAGAUGAUAAAAAUAUAGAUACACAUGACACGAAGACGGCUCUGUAAAGUUAAAAUAUAAUAUACAACCAGCUGUAACAUGCAAACGUAAAUGGCCAAAAGUUAUUCCAUAAUAUGCAAGGCGAAAUACGGAAGUGCUGCCAUUUUCUUAUAAGCUACGAAGGAUUAAUUAAUUUGUCCCUUGGCCACAAGCUCAAGCACCUUGUGACACAAUGACACUUCUAAAAUUAAAUACAAUGAUGGCAGAAAAAAAACAAUGCAAAACAAAAACCCCAUCCCACAGAGAACAAAUUAUUACUAAAUCAACUUUAUUCUUCCUUUGUUAAGAUCAUUUUUUCUUCUUUUUCACGUAUUACAGGUAAAUCACGUAACUUCUUUAAGCAUAAGAAAAGGUCAAAACUAAUGAUACCGUUUUCCUGUUGAAAACAGUUAAAAACAACUGUCUAAUGAUCCAUUGAUUCAUAUUAGAUGGUUGUUAGAUCUUUCUUUAUACAUCCGCUCUAAUACAAUAGGAGCAAUAUGAGCACUGUAAUAUACAUCAAGGACAAGCUUUCACAACAGGGUUGCGAGGGAGGUUGAUACAAUAAAAACGGAACUCUUACACUCUUCAGUCCAGUUGCUGAAAUAUUAAUAAUUUUUUUUUUAAAUUUAAUAUUUUUGUAAAAUAUCUAUUUAGUUUCAUUAUGUAUCAUAUUUUAAUAAAAAUUAAAUUCUCCAAAAUGUA